UUUUAUGAAUGAGAACACAAUGUUGAAUGUACCCUGUGCAGUGCAUUUGCUGUUCUGGCUCUAACAGACAGGAUAGGUUUUUUUCACAGACUUUGCAAGUCAGGAGAAAUUUUCUUUUCUUUUUUUAAACAAGUAUGGAAUACAUUUUGUGCAUUAUGUUCCAAAAUAAUUAUAAUGACAAACAGACACAAUUAGCGAGAGCAGUGUGACAUUAGAACUUUGCAGUUAAAAUGCAGAAUCAUUUAGCAUUUUUAAAGAAUCAUAUUUAUUGCCAACAUGGUAAACGCCAUCUUUUUAUCCUAAAACUUCACCGUUAUAUAAAUUAAUCAUUUGUAUGAACUCUUAGUUUUAAAGCAAAGGUACAUGUUUUUCCUACCAUGCCAUUAAAAUUUGGAGGCACCGACUGGGUUAAUAUCAGCACUGCCUAGAAGCACUGGGAUUAGCAUCUGUAUACCUCGAGUCCAGAGUUUGAGACUCAGGAUGUCAAACGAGACAGCAAAUGCUAACUGCUCGCACAACUGCAGCUGGGCUGAUACGGACAAUUGGGACAACUUAUCAUACUGGGAUACUGACUACCCAGUCAAUCUUUUUCCUAUCCCGGUUUUGACAGGAAUAUCGGCUACCUGCAUCUGUCUCUUCAUUAUCGGAACUGCAGGGAAUUUAAUGACAAUUUUGAUCGUCUCCAAAUUCAAGGACAUGAGGACAACUACCAAUCUCUACUUAUCCAGCAUGGCCUUUUCAGACCUCCUUAUAUUCCUCUGCAUGCCCUUGGACCUUUACAGAAUCUGGCAUUAUAGACCUUGGAAUUUUGGGGAAGUGCUUUGCAAGGUAUUCCAAUUCACCAGCGAAAGCUGCACGUACUCCACAAUCCUCAACAUAACAGCCCUUAGCGUGGAGAGAUACUUUGCCAUCUGUUUCCCACUACGGGCAAAAGUAGUUGUGACUAAGGGUCGCGUGAAAGGGGUAAUAUUGAUUAUCUGGAUAGUGGCAUUUGUCAGUGCUGGCCCCAUAUUCGUUUUGGUUGGAGUUGAACACGAGAACGGCACUGAUCCGUGGGAGACAAACGAGUGUAAGGCGACAGACUACGCUAUCCGGUCUGGGCUCCUUACUAUAAUGGUGUGGGUUUCCAGCAUAUUUUUCUUCUUGCCGGUGUUUUGCUUGACUGUGCUGUAUAGCCUUAUUGGAAGAAAGUUGUGCAAGAGAAAAAGGGAGACCAUAGGACCCAGCAUGUCCUCCAGAGAUAAGAGCAGCAAGCAAACUGUGAAAAUGCUGGUUGUGGUGGUGUUCGCCUUUGUACUCUGUUGGCUCCCUUUUCACGUUGGACGGUAUCUCUUCUCCAAAUCUUCAGAGGCUGGCUCUUUGUUAAUGUCUCAGAUCAGUCAGUAUUGCAACUUAGUCUCCUUUGUCCUCUUCUACUUAAGCGCAGCCAUCAACCCAAUUCUUUACAAUAUCAUGUCCAAGAAGUACCGGGUGGCUGCUUGCAAACUGUUUGGACUUAAACAAGUGCCAAGAAGGACAGCCUCUACCAUGAAGGAUGAAAGCACUCCUGCUUGGACAGAGACGAGCGUCAGCACGUGACCAACUUGUAAUGGAUCUCCUCCAAGCGACUGAUGAGCUAAUGAUACUUGACAUCAGCUUAAAACACGUACUCGCCUCUCAACUACAGAGAAGUUCAUCUUUGAACCGUAUGACUGGCAGUUCACGUCCAGCCAUGCCUUUCCGUUCAAUUCAAUGGGUCAAGAUGUCAAUUCAUGACAACCUCAUUGAACAGCUUUUUUUGCAAGAAGAUUUGAAUUUGUGUGCCAAAAGAAGUCAUAUAAAUUGGAGACCAGUGGUAUCUUUAAAGUUACAUUUUAGGCUAUAAGGUAUUGUGCUGUAGGUAUGAGAGAUGUCAAUGAAACAGCUUUUGAAAAUGUCCCUCAGUAAAACAAACAGUAACUUGUUGCAUCACUACUGUCAGUAGGCACAUGUGCCAAGUGAAGUGAGAUUUCAUCCGUGCUUUGAUGUGCCUAAAAAUUGCCAAAAUCAUGCAUCCUUUUGGAACACUGGGGGAAUGAAAAUCACAUAGCAAGAAUGUACCAAACAGUAUUGAUUUGGGAAGUACAGAUUUGUAUUUUUUUUGUGUAGGAAUUAAUUGUAAUAGAGCCUUUUUUUAAAACAUAGAUGACAUACAAUAUGCAUUUACAAGAACCUGUUGCAGCGGGCAGUGCAAGUAAUCAAGACGUCUCACUUUUUAUAACGGAGACCAAGAGUUUGAAGCUUCUGAUGGGCUUUAAUUACAUAAUCUAUUACUAAAAGAUGCUCAACAGAGGUACAUUUAGAAAUACUGAAAUAAUCGUUGUUAUUAUAGUAUUUAACAGAUACUUGCCCAGACUAGGUACCAUAGAAACUUCAGUUUUACAUUUAUGGUUCAAUCCACCUACUUACAAGACUGCAAUUCUCUUGCACUGAUGGCUUCAAGCCAAAAUGAUGGUCAAGUCAGCAAUGUACUUCUGUCUUGAUACACUGGGUUGGUACACUUGUUUAUUAAGAAAAAGCCACAGUAUACUCUAUGAUGUAUACACAUAUCAAUAAGCAGAGAACUAUGUGUAUGUGCUCAGAAAUUGGUACAAGUUGCUUCUUAAAGUAUGUGUGGGCUUUAAUUACCACCAAUGCCAACUUGUGCAUGCCAUUUUUAAACAACUUCAGUAUAUUGUUUACCAUUAUGAGAUAUGAUACUUAGAUGAGAAUAAUGCAGCAAUAGACAAAUGCAUUUCUGCAAAGAUACUCUUUGGUAGUUCUGUUAAAAGUAAAACAACUUCCAUAGUAAAUAUUUCAUUUGACCAUCACUUCUAGGUAACAUUCCUAUUUUAAUGACUCUUGUUCAUGAACAUAUAUCUCUAUUUUUCUGUUGGAUGCAGUUAUUCAAUUGGAUCAUUCAACAGAAUGUUACCAUCUGCUAUGUUUAACACCAGUGUGUCUAGUGGGGAAACACAUCACUAUGGCAUAUUAUCUAGGUCCUACAAGCACAUCCAAAAUUGUAAACAUUCUUAGGACAACUUAUAAGAAGACACAAACCGGAACAUUGGUCUUCUUGACUGAUAUGUUGUUUUUUAAGGUUUUAUCCAAAUAUGAGCACACCUUGGCCAGUUUUUUUUUUUUUUUUAGAUUUCACAACUCCUUUACUUAAGAACAAUUUUAUAGUUCUAUGGAAGCAUCAAUGAACACGGAUAGGGGUAACGAGGGGUAAAUUGCAACGUACCAGUGGUUUAUUCCACUCCAAGCUGACUAACUUCAGGACAAAAAAAAAAUGAACUGUACAAAAUUAUUCCCAAUUUCAGCGUCCUCAUCAGAAGAUUCAGUUAACUAGUUUAUAAAGGUGAAAUAAUAUUACUCGCCUCACACUCUGCUACGGGAAUAGGAUCAAAACUAAAAGUGCAAGUUUAAAAAAAAUGUAACAGCACAUUAGGCAAUAGUUAUAUAUAUUAAAACAAAAACCUUAAAUGCGAUGUAUUAGCAUUGGAAAAGCGUUAUAUUUUUAUUAUUAUUAUACAGGCUGCAAGGUUGUACUAGAAGAUUAAAACCCUUAAUUGCCAUAUACACAUUCAAUGUGAUAGUAUAACUUGGUUUAUGUAAUACAGACAUGAGGGACAUAGAGAACAAAGUCUUCAUGUGUCUAACCAAUAAACAGAUUUGUAAGCAAAUAUUAAGAAAAAGGCGACAAAUCAGAACAAUCAGACUAGCGUAGUCUCUAACUUCACACGACUAACUUAAUCCAAGUUUAGUUUGGUUUCACAGACCCUGAUUAGCACAAAUCUUGGACUGCCAAAUAUUACCAUAGGUAAGUAGUCCAAGGUUAAUGCUAACGGGGGUAUAAUGCCAAUGUUAAAGUGAAACCUGCCAUUUAUGUGGAUCUUAUUUGUGACCUGUCUGGCUGUUUAACGUUAGUCCAAGCAAGUGGCUCUGAUUUACUUAAUCCCCCUGUUGGGUGCAUCAAGUAGACUGCAUUUGGUUCGCUGCAAUUUACCCCAUAUGUUUUAUAUGAUUUUGCCAAGAUUUGGAACGUUGUAAAAAGUGAUUUUCAACAUAGACCCUGUAUGUACUUACAUUCUACUGAUGAAAUAUUUGUAAUUCAGUAUUUACCAAGCUGCAAACGUCUUGCUCCACAAAUAUGGAGACAAUUUAUACAAAUUGUUCAUUUAACUAUCCACACCAAGUAUGAAUCCUUUAUAAUAUAAAUGCGAAACAAAAAUCUAAAUUAUCUUGAAUGAAUGUAUUUGAAGUCUUCAGUAAUUUUGAUAUUGGUAAAAGUAUGGAAAAAAAUGCUUCAUUUGAACUUGUAUUGUUAGGACAUUUCUGUGAACCUAUAUUCAUACAAAUACAGUCCUGCAUUGUAUAGUACUUAUAGCGUUACUAAACGGAAAGGACUGGGGGUGUUGAAAAUAUGAUGGCAGUUGCCUACAAAGGAUUGUCAAAAUGUCUUAAGUUUCUUGUAGUAACUAGUAUUGUAACAAUAAAUGUUUUACAAAAUAAAUCACAAAAAAGUGGUUCAGUUCUAGUACGAAGUUAAGACGUUGAUAAACCUGGCCAAACAAACAACAACGUAAUCAUGCAGUUUAAUUACAUAUUUUAAAGUGUGACCUAUUGUUGUUGACUUUAAAUGCAUGUCAAACCUGUAUGGGGCAUACUGGCAUUGCUCAAUUGCACAGAAACAUUGGUCAGAUGCUAGAUAUUUAGAAAGUUUGAUAAAACGUUGUGUUCUAAAAUACUUUCAAAAUCCAGCUACUAAAAAAGUUAUUAUUAUAUUUAAUAUUAGUAUACUGCACGAUGGAAAGUUGUAUAGUAGUAGGUCAGCUUAAAUACAGUAAAUAUAGUACUGUUUAGAUACAUGUUUACAGUUGCAGUAUAAUCGUCUUGUUGGGCAUGCACAUCUUGAAACACUUCUGCAAAUGAGUUAGUUCCUUUUACAGGACUUGCGACAUUGUACAGGCAAUAUGAAAACACUGCAAUAUACCCUCUUCAAUAAAUGUAAAACAAGUAUUAAUUGAUGUAAUUUAUGUGUCUUUGUCUUUAUCUGGUGUACUAUUUGUAAUAAACGAGAGCUGAAUGUAUUCUUUUAUUAAAAUAAAUUACCCGAAACAAUUUGUUGUGCUGUUAACAAAGGAACGAGUUGCCAAUUAAAAUGUCAUUUAAAGGUACUGUAUAUAGAUUGUAUUGGUCGUUGAUGGUCCCACAGUCAUGGAACGCACGCCUCUGCGUUUGGAAACCUUGGGGAAUUAAUUGACAACGAUAUGCAGGUGUUGAAUAACAUGGGCUAUUUCUUUACAUAAUUAAUUGCACAGUGUUCUAAAAUAGUGGUCAAACAAACUAGUAGUGGAACGAACAAGAUUAUGCAUUUACUCAAAUGUAGUCAAUUAUUCUGAAAGUUGGAGACUUUGCACCACCCAUGAUGACCAGUAAUUCUAGCAAUAACCUGCACAAUUUCUUGUCCUUGCUAUCCUAGUCAAAGCUGAUGCAUUUGAUUUAAAUGUGAUUCAAGAGGGUUAAAUGCCGUAUGAAGAGCAAACAAUGUAUGUGGCUUUAUGAAAAAAUCUAGUCAAUGAUGGAAGUUUAAGCAGCAACAAGGCAAAGCUUUACAAUUUGAUGACUUGCCUGUCAGGAAACCCCAUUGUCUUACAGGCAUGUAUAAAUUCCUUUAUUUCCUGUUGUAAUCAAUUAAAUAAAACUGGUUGUAAUGGUAUGCAGGUUCUUUGUAAUGUGUGUCAAGGUCAAGGCUGAAACAAAAUGUUUUAUUCAGUCAAGAGGUACAGUAGUUCUUUCAAGACAACUAUAUUUAUGAGUGAUUUUUCAAUUUACCAGACUUCAGAGGUCAGGAAGAGAAAAUGCUAAGAUAAGAAAAAUAGUGUGGGAGGCUUUUCUCUGUGUGCUCUCAAUCUGAAUGUAAUUAAGUGAUACAUGUUCUGCAUUGCAGGUUGUUUUGCUUCAGUGAUUGAAUUACAGUAUACUGUACACCCGUUGUUGAUUCAUCCCCAUAAUUGCUAAUUUCCAUUGUUCAAGUUUCUUAAUAAUCU